ACGUCGACCAUUCAAUCCCAGCGCUGAUUGGGUAAUCGUUGAACCUUCUCCCCCGGGUGGGUUGUGCUUCCGGGUUAGUGGCACGCUGAGGCUCUACACGUGAGUUUUGAAUUCUGAUGAAGCGGAGAUUUAACACGAAUAAUACAACUGGAAUAUUCUAAAGACAAACAUGGCAUCGACAGAGGAAGACUUUCCUCGUGGAGGAAUCGUGAAGAAGCCUGCUGAGACCAAAACACUGGAAGAGAGGAAGGAAGUGGACAACCUCUUUCAGUCCCAUGUGCAACCAGAGACGAAGAAGAGGAAGGGAGGCUCUAAGGAAGACAGCACGACUGCCAAGAAGAAGAAGAAGAGUGCCUCUGACCCAGUGACGCUCAACGCCCCGGCAAAAUAUGUGGAGAUCCUACAUCUUAAGAACAUCAAGGAGGGCAUGCUGAUGCUGGCCUGUGUGAAGGAGGUGGCCGACUUCGACGUGGUGAUGAGCCUCCCCUGCGGGCUGCUGGGGUUCCUGCAGAUCAAGAACAUCAGCGACGGCUACACCAAGCUGCUCAGCGAGCAGCUGCGCUCGCAGGGCACAGAGGAGAUCUCGACCCUGGACCGGGUCUUCCGCCCUGGCAUGCUGGUCCGCUGUGUGGUCCUCAAGCUGGACAUCACCAAGGGUGGGGCUCUCAGCAUCAAGCUGUCGAUCAACCCCAAGCUGCUCAACAAAGCCCUCCGCCCGGGCACGCUGAGGCCUGGCAUGACUCUCAGCGGCUGCGUGGAGAGCGUGGAGGACCACGGCUACCUGGUGGAUAUCGGCGUUGGGGAGACCAAGGCCUUCCUGCCCCGACAGGUGGCCACCGACCAGAACCCCAACCCCAACCCUGAAGAGCUGCGGGCGGGCCAGUCCAUCACCUGCAGGGUGGACGAGGUGAAGGGCUCGGGCCGGGUGGUGCGUCUCUCGGUGAACCCCCUGGCCCUCGCCCGGACGUUCGCCGACGCCUCCCACGACUGGAGCCUCACCAGCCUGCAGCCCGGCCUGCUGGUCAGGGCCACGGUCAAAACGGUGACCAAACACGGUCUUCUCCUGAGCUUCCUGUCCUUCAGCGGCCAGGUAGACUUCCUGCACAUGGAGCCCGAGGAGGAAUCCACCUACACCGUCGGACAAGAGGUCCAGGCCUGCGUCCUCUACAUCGAGCCCGUCACCCGCCUGGUGGCCCUCUCUCUGCGCCGCCACCUCCUCGCGCCCGGCUCCCUGGUGGACCUCGCCCCCGCCGGGGGGGACCGUAUCGGGGAGGUGGUGGACGGCUGCAGGGUGACCUCCAUGCACAACAUGUCCGGAGCUCUGCUGGAGCUGCCCGACCAAACCAGGGCCUUCGUACACAGAAACCACCUGAAGGAGACGGCGCAGACCUCAGCGCUGGACAAGCUGCUCUCCCUCCCGGAGCUGAGCUGCAGGAUCCUGAACUUCAGCGCCAUGGAGCAGGUCCACUUCGCCAGCCUGCGCAAGAGUGUGAGGGAUAAGGUUCACUUCAGGUACGAGGACAUCCAGGUCGGAGAGGUCGUCAUGGGCACGGUGUCCGAGCUGCUGGGCCACGGGAUGAUGGUGCUGCUGUCGGGGAACCUCAAAGGCCUGGUCCCCAAGUCCCACCUCUCUGACAUCCUGCUGCGCAACCCCGAGAAGAAGUACAGCGAGGGCAUGAAGAUCAAAUGCAGGGUGUUGUCGGUGGAGGCGGACAAGAGGCGCGUGACGCUGACCCGGAAGAAGGCCCUCCUGACGUCCACGCUGCCGGUGGUGUCCAGCUACGCGGCGGCGCGGCCCGGCCUGGUCGCCCACGGCUUCGUGGUGUCCAUCAAGAGCUUCGGCUGCAUCGUGCGCUUCUACAACGAGGUGAAGGGGCUGGUGCCCCUGAGGGAGCUGAGCACCGAGCCGCUCGCCAGCCCCGAGGAGGUGUUCUACGUGGGACAGGUGGUGAAGGUGAAGGUCCUGGAGUGCGAGCCGGAGAAGGAGAGGCUGCUGCUGUCCUUCAAGGCGGUGGUGGAGGGGGACACGGCGGGCGAGGGCACCGCCGCGCCCCGCGUGCUGAUGGAAGUGGGCCAGAGGUGCGAGGCGCGGCUGGUGACCAAGUCGGCCGUGUGUCUGGAGGUCGCCAUCCUCCCCGAGGAGGUCCCCGCUCUGCUACCCACAAUGCACCUCUCGGACCACGUGUCCAACUGCGCCCUCCUGUGGGAGGCCCUGGAGGAGGGGGACGUCAUCAGCAACCUGGUCUGCCUCAGCAGGAACAAGGAGUCCAUCACCCUCACCCAGAAGCCUCUGGUGCGCUGGGGCCUGGAGGAGGGGCUGUUCGUGAAGGGCUUCUCGGAGCUGGUGGUGGGGAUGACCCUGGUGGGCUGGAUCAAGAAGCUCAUGCCCUACGGGGUGUUCGUGGAGUUCCCCUGUGGCAUCAUGGGCCUGGCCCCCAAGUCUGCGCUGUGCGACCGCUUCGUGACGGACACGGCCUCCGCCUACCAGCUGGGCCAGACGGUGAUCGCCAUGGUGACCACCUUCGACGAGGAGAAGCAGCGCUUCCUGGUGACCCUGAAGGGGUCGGAGGUCACGGCCCCGGAGGGCGGGGCCCAGGCGCUGCUGCUCAGGGGGCUGAGGGAGAGGAGGAGCGCCGAAGAGGUGCUGGCCGGCAGAGAAGGUUCCGGGGUGCGGCAGGAGCUGCUGGAGCUCACCGUAGGGCAGAAGCUCACGCUGGCCGUGGAGGAGGCGCCGGAGGAGGGCGGGGCCACCUUCAAGUCCGACGAGCUGACGGGCGUCGCCAUAGCAGCCAGCAAGCCUCACGUCCUAGGCGUGACCUUGACCCCGGGUCAGAAGGUCACGGCAGUGGUUCUCCAGGUGGACCUCCUCUCCGCCCGCGUCCACGUCUCCGUCCUGCCUAAGCUGCUGGCCAAGAAGAAAUCUCUGGAGGCGGGCUCCCUGCUGGCCGUGAUGGUGCAGCACGUGGACCAGGCCUUCGCCGUGGUCGCCUUCGAGAGCUCCGCCCGCCUGGCCGUGGUGCACGCUGCCCGCCACAUCAACGCCGUGUUCAGCGAGGCUGGCCACCUGAAGCCGGGCUCCGCCCUCUCCGUGACGGUCACGGACCCAGCGUGCGCGGAGCUGCGGGGGCUGCCCCUGCUGCGCGUGGAGGCGGGGCACUCCCGCCACACGGCCCCGGCGCCGCGCGCCGCCACCACGUCGGAGAGCGAGGCGUCGCCCGGCCACGUCUACGGCGAGACGCUGGAGGGCGCGGUGCGCUCGGUGAAGCCCACGUGCGUGCUGGUGGCGCUGGACGGCGGCGGCACGGGGAGCGUGCACGUGUCCCAGAUGGUGGACGUCGUGGCCAUCGGCAGCUUCCCCACGGCGCUGCUGGAGGCGGGCGCCCGGGUCCGGGCCCGCGUCAUCGGGGGCCGAGAGGCCACCAGCCACCGUUUCCUGCCCUUCUCUCACCCCAACUUCAAAUACUCGAUUCCCGAGCUCACUCUGGUUCCCAGUAAGCUGGACGACAGUGUGAAAAUCAACCCAGUGAAGCCACGGGAGAAACUGGGAAGCUUCAAGGCUGGACAACAAAUCACAUGCUUUGUAUCAAAGUACAACACAGAGAGGAAGUGUCUGGAGGUCAGCACUGACCCGUCCCUCACCGGGACCAUCGACCUGCUGGACCUCGUCAAAGACCCCAAGGAGGCCAGCUACCCAGAGAAACUGUACAAGAGCGGCCUGGCACUGAGGGCCACGGUGGUCGAGGCCUCGUCCAAACCCUACCGCUUCUCCCUGUCGCUCAACGGCCUGCAGCAGCUGGAGGAAGGGGUCGUGACCCUGGGCAUGGUGACGAACAUCGAACCCGGCCGGGGGCUCCUGGUCCGGCUGCCUUCUGACGCCACGGGGACCGUCUCCAUGACGCAGCUGACGGACUGCUACCGCAAGGACCCCCUGAAGGCCUUCAGCAAGGACCAGAUCCUCAGAUGUUUCCUUCUGGGGACUAAAGAUGACAAGUGGGAGCUGUCUCUGCGUCAGUCGAGGGUCGCCCCGGACCUCGCCCCAGCGGCUAAGGACCCAGAGGUCCUGUCCACCGACGCCCUGAAGCCCGGGAAACUCAUCAGGGGCUACGUCAUGUCAGCUGGGGAUCAGGGGGUCCUAGUCAGGCUGUCUGGGAGCAUCACAGGCAGAGCCCUCCUCCACAAGGCCACCAAGUUCUCCGUCAGCCCCAAAGUGCUGAGCCAACACCUGCCCUCCUCCACCCUGCUCACCACGAGCAUCAUCAGCGUCGACCCGGAGACCCAGCUGGUGGAGCUGUCGCUGCUGACCCAGGACACCAAGAAGUCAGACGUGGUGCCCGAGGCCCUGGGCCUGCCGCUGCGGCCCCCCGAGGAGCAGAAGGAGGAGCUCGCCGCCCGGAUGAAGAGGAAGGCCGCGAUGAUGGAGACCAUGGCUGAGAUCAAGUCCAAGAAGAUGAAGAUGAAGAAGAUUGAGGAGCAGAGUGGCCCUGACGUGUACUUCAGAGAAGGAGAGGAGGAGGAGGAGGAGGAGGAGGAGGAGGAACGUCCUAAGAAGGUCAAGGCUGUGGUCACUGUGGAUAAGAAGAAGAAGAGAAAGGCGAAGAAGGGGCGACCAGAGGACAGCGACAGCGGGGUGGAAGUGUCCUGCAGGGAAGAGGAGACCACAACGACCAAGCAGGUGAAGCCAGACCCCUCGGGCCCCGCCCGCCUACAGGUGUCAGCCGGGUUCUCCUGGGACCUGGGUCUGAGCGCCCUGAGGCCGGCAGCCCUGGACCCCCGGGCCCAGGACGGGGACAGCAGCGCGGAGGAGAGCGAGGAGACGGACAAGCCCCAGAAGAAGAGCAAGCAGCAGCAGGAGCAGGAGCAGAAGGAGGAGGAGAAGGCCCUGGCGCGGCGGGAGGUUCAGCUGAUGGAGCCCGGCCUGCGGCCCCAGGACGCAGCUUCCUUCGAGCGCCUGCUGCUGGCCUCGCCCAACAGCUCCCUCCUGUGGCUGCAGUACAUGGCCAACCACCUGCAGGCCACGCAGAUAGAGCAGGCCCGCAGCGUGGCCGAGAGGGCCCUGAAGACCAUCUCCUUCAGGGAGGAGCAGGAGAAGCUGAACGUGUGGGUGGCGUUGCUGAACCUGGAGAACAUGUACGGCUCGGAGGAGAGCCUGAAGAAGGUGUUUGAGGGCGCGCAGACCUUCUGCGAGCCCAUGCCCGUUUACCAGCAGCUGGCCGACAUCUACGCCCGCUCCAACAAGAUGAAGGAGGCGGAGUCUCUGUACCGGACGAUGGUGAAGCGCUUCCGGCAGCAGAAGGGCUCGUGGCUGAGCUACGGCAGCUUCCUGCUGCAGCAGGGUCAGAGCGACGCUGCCAGCGCUCUCCUGCAGAGGGCGCUGCAGAGCCUGCCCUCCACAGACAGCGUGGAGCUGAUCUCUAAGUUCGCUCAGCUGGAGUACCAGUACGGCGACACGGAGCGCGGCCGAGCCAUGAUGGACAAGAUCCUGGGGACGUACCCCAAGAGGACGGACCUGUGGUCGGUCUUCAUGGACCUGACCAUCAAACACGGCUCCCAGAAGGACGUCAGGGCGCUGUUCGACCGCGCGAUCCACCUCAGCGUGGCGAUCAAGAAGGUCAAGUUCUUCUUCAAGCGCUAUCUGGACUACGAGAAGAAGCACGGCACGCCGGAGAGCGUCCAGACGGUGAAGGAGAAGGCCCUGGAGUUCGUAGAGGCCAAGGGCACGCAGGCCGCCUGCUAGAGGGGGAGAAGGGGGGAGACACAGGCCGACUGCUA